AUGUCGUCUAGCAGGGCCUCCAGCCCCGUGUCCAUACCGCCAUCUACUGCAUCACCUCCACCUUCAACCCCACUUGACAGCAGUCCGCAUGCCACGCCAGGCCCUCCGUUAUUCGAGACGGACGCUCCGCAUUGCGAAGUUGAUAUUGACUGGGGGAACAUCUGGCACUGUGGAAAACGUCUCGUAGGCGCCAAAAGAAGGCCACGUCACAAACGGGUCGUCGGCACAAAGAUCAAAGAGUCAAGGAUAUAUCGGCAUGGGGCGAAUUUAGAGCACAACGGAGUGCGUUACUGGCUUUGCAGGCUCUGCCACGAAAGGAAGAGCUACUCGACUGCUCUGUAUGCCUCAUCAGGCACAUCUCACGCCGCGAGGCACCUGCUGCGACAGCACCAAAUCACUGAAUUUGGUAAGACUCGUCCCAGUUUAGGUACCCCAUUUACUCUGGCAGCUUCGUCAGCAUCCUCUUCUUCACCUUCUUUAUCGCGGCAGGCCAGCCUAGGCUUUCAAAUCACCUCCCACUUUGAUGAAAGGGUAUGGAAAGCUCGCUUUGUGGACUGGAUCAUCCUCGAAGAUGUCACAUUCCGCCAGGCGUCAAGCGAACGGCUUAAGUGGCUAAUAGCAAACGGUGGAGAACUUGCAAGUCAACUACUACCCGAGCAUCAUACCACCGUCUGUUCGUGGAUCUGCCAAACCUUUGCCGCCCGACAGCAAACUAUCCUCAAUCUCGUCAAGAACGCGAAGAGCUCUAUUCAUUUAAGUUUUGAUCUAUGGACUGCUUCAAAUGCGUCCAAUUACAUCGGAAUCGUCGGUCACUUUGUUGACAUUGAAGGCGAGAAACGCGACGUGCUUCUGGGACUGCCGCGCCUGGUCGGCCCACACUCCGGUGAGAAUAUAGCCUUCUAUGUUAAAGAGGUGGUCGACCAGUAUGAAUUGGGCUCAAAGCUUGGGUAUUUCAUGCUCGAUAACGCCGAGAGUAACGAUACCUGCUUAGAAACGCUUGCUAGAUGGUUUCCAAUGGACGUCCGUCGUCGCAGGUUGCGUUGCAUUGGCCACGUUAUCAGCAUCAUUGUCCGGGCUGCUAUCUUCGGCUCAAACAUUAGUACCUUUGAGGCAGAGCUUCGUGGGGCCACUGAUGAAUUUAGAUUCGAAGUCUGGGCCAAGAAAGGAGCUAUCGGUAAGCUCCAUAACCUUGCUACCUACAUCCGUCGGACAGAUCAGCAACGACAGGCUCUUCGGCAAUUGCAAACCGAGCUCGCAGGUGAUGAUACCAUUUUUACUUUUGAAAUCAUUGUUGACGGCAAGACACGCUGGAACUCCAUUUAUAUGAUGAUCAAACGCGCACUCGAGCUUCGCAGCGCGAUCGAGCUCUAUCAAUCCCGCUGGCAAAAGCCCAGAAACGACCCUAAUCACCGUGAUCUAACAAAAGACUUUCUCAACGCUGCGGACUGGGUUAAAUUGGAGCGUUUCUACGAGUUCCUGAAACCGUUUUACAUCCUUACAAAGACAAUAGAGGGCAAUGCUAAUAAACCGGGGGCAAAAGGCGGCCACGGUGCCGUGCGGGAGACUUUGAAGACGAUGGACUACCUGUUUAUUAAAUUCAAGCAGGCUGCGUACGAAACUCGACUUGAAGAUGCCUCUCAUUUUAAGUCUGGUAUUGACUGCGGGUGGGCUAAGCUUGAAGACUACUACGUCAAGUCGGAUAGGACACCUGUCUACCGAGCAGCUCUAGCGCUACAUCCUUCUUACGGAUACGACUACUUUGAGAGGCACUGGAAGAAGGCCAUGGGUAAGCCUCAAUGGUAUAAUGACAUGCAGUCGGCUGUCAGUGAUCUGUUUGAUGAAUACCGGCGGCACGCUGAAGUCGAAACGGAAGCUCAGACUGGGUUUUCGGAAGAUGAUGAUGGCAUCGAUACUGAUGCUAAUGAAUACAGCUCGUUUGGGAAGAGGUCAAUCAGCUCGCUGAAUGCACAGCGGAAGAAGGCCAAGGCAGUUAGCGAGCUUGACAGAUUCCAGACACGGCAAAUCUAUGCCGAGGAUCUUGACGUUGCGAGCCCUCUGGAAUGGUGGAGGCGACAUCAACAUGAAUAUCCAGUCUUGUAUCGGAUGGCGCUAGAUCUAUUCUCUAUUCCUGGAAUGAGUGCUGAAUGUGAGAGAGUGUUUAGCCAGACAAAGAAGAUGAUCACUGACGAGCGAAACCAACUGUCUCCAGAGGCAGUGGAGGCUGAUCAACUUCAAAAGCACUUAGUCGAUAGCGGAUGCUCCGCGCGGGCAUUCGCCGACCGCGGCUUUAUUCGCACUAAUAAGAUCCAAACCGAGAAGCUACCAAAGCCACGCACCCUGAUCCUCGCCGAUGGGAAAGUCGCUGACAAUAUUACCCACUACGUCAUCCUCCCCGUGAGUAUGGGGAACCACAUCGAACCUUGCGUCUUCUUUAUUACCACGCUAUCCCCAGACACUCCGCUUAUUUUUGGACUCCCCUGGCUCCAACGUCACAACCCCACAAUCGACUGGGCGAGAAUGACUCUACUUUUCCAGUCACAGUAUUGCCUCACUCGCUGCUGUUCUACACCAUGUUUCGCACCGACAGUACCCAGUGCCAGGCCCAGGCCGCACGAUACUGCGUCACCUACCGAGUCCCAGCCCCCCCGCCAGCGGGAUCAGGCCUACAUCGAGGACACUGAAGAUGAAGGUUACGGGAGUGGUGAUUCUACACGAACCGCUUCCUCCUACCGGCCGCCUUCUAUUGAAGACAGCGACGACGAGGAGCCCCACCCCAAGGGAAGAGUGGAACUAGAUAUCCCUCAGACUCUCACUCCCGGCCAAGACCACUACCGCACUUUUCGGCCGAACCGCCCCCGUUUUCCGCUGGAGCCUGAGACCCGGGCCCGGAUGAUCCCCAACAGGCCACAGUUAAAGCCAGCAGCCGUCACCCUGAAGGCAGGCAGUCGGCGCCCAGUACACCAGGAACAUCAUGCUCCGCCAAUGCCGCAGCUCAGCGUGCCAAUUCCACCCACGCCGAAUGGGACGUGUCCGCCUGAUCCAUAUGACCGGCCUGAUCUGUCUGAUAUCAAGAUGUUAGCCGCCACCAACUUUCUCCAGUUCUGCAAAGGCGGCGCGACCCAGUGUAUGAAGAUCACAUGGCCCGAACUCGACGCUAUCCAGACGGAACCUCCCUUGCUAAAACUCCCCGACUUGCCAGAGAGCGUGUUCCACAAUAUCCUCGAAAAACCCGGAGACCACGCAGCCAUCUCCCAACUAUUCCCUAGUGCGUUCCACGAUUUCCUUGAUGACUGCUACAGUCAGGAACACCUGCGACGCGUGACGGACGCCGACAUUGAUAAGUUCUUGAAAGGGAAACCGGACCUCUCCCACGAAGACAUUAAAGCAAGGCUUCCUGAGUGGCUGCAAGAUAAAAUAACUGGGUUCCUGACCCAUCUAGCGAAUGAAUUACCUCCACGACGCGGUUGGGAUCAUACAAUCGAACUUAUCCCCGGCAGGGAGCCCCCAUACCAGAAGAACCGCCCGUUAUCCCCUAGAGAGCUACUUGUUGUUAGGAAGUGGCUUGAUGAUAACCUGUCUAAGGGAUUCAUCCGUGAGUCGCGCGCCCGAUGUGCAGCACCCCUUCUCCUGGCCGCGAAACCCGGUGGUGGCGUACGUAUCUGUCAGGACUACCGCGGACUCAACUCGGUCACAAUCAAGAACAGGUACCCGCUGCCGCUGAUCCGCGAAACCUUAGACGCGCUCUGCCACGCCAAGUACUAUACAAAGCUGGAUGUUAUCGCUGCCUUCAACAAGCUACGCAUUGCCGAGGGGCACGAGUGGAAAACCGCAUUCAUCACACGAUUUGGCCUUUUCGAAUCACUGGUCAUGCCUUUCGGUCUCUGUAACGCCCCCGCUUCGUUCCAACACUAUAUCAACCAUACUCUGUACGACCUGCUCGAUAAGAUCUCUAGUGAUGGAAUCCAGAUGGACCCAGACAAAGUGGCGACGGUUACUGGGUGGGAGAAGCCCGCCAACGUGCGCGAACUCCAACGUUUCCUCGGAUUCGCAAACUUCUACCGCCGCUUCAUACGGGAUUUCUCCUCAAUCUGCCGACCCCUGAACGACCUCCUACGGAAAGAGUCAGCCUGGCGCUGGGCCGAACAGCAGCAGCACGCCUUUAUGCAACUGAAGACCGCGUUCACCACAGGUCCCGCCCUUGCCUUUUUUGACUACAACCGGAAAACUGUCCUGGAAACAGACGCUUACGAUUGGGCCUCUGGUGGAGUACUGUCUCAGUAUGACGAUGAUGGCAGCCUACGACCUGUUGCGUACUUCUCUUCUAAGCACUCCGCAGCCGAAUGCAAUUACGAGAUCUAUGAUAAGGAACUACUCGCUAUCAUCAAAGCCCUAGAAGAAUGGCGACCGGAGCUCGAAGGGAACGCGUCAGAGUUCGAGAUCAUGACAGACCAUAAGAACCUCGAGUACUUCACAACAACCAAGGUUCUGAAUCAGCGUCAGGUUCGCUGGUCCAAGUUCCUCUCCCAGUUCAACUUCCGCAUCAUCUACCGUCCAGGGUCCAAAGCCGUUCGACCAGACGCUCUUAGCCGCCGAUCCCAGGAUAUGCCGUCCAAAUCUGACGUUGAGGACGAUCGCCUGAAACAGCGAAGGAAGACCCUGCUGCCCCGGGACAGGUUCGACCCGUCCGCUCUCGCAGACUUACUCGGCGACAUUGAUGACACGACUCCCAUGGCAGCGGCGCCCGUGACCACCCUUGCCCCGGAUCUGGAGAGACCCAUUGACGACAUUAUUGACCAGGCAUAUAACAACUCCGACCUCGCCCAGACUAUGCUGACAGCACUACGAGACCCCAGCGUCAAACGUUGGCCCAAAUCGAUUCGCAGAGAGCUACGAAUAGCCAUGCAGGACUGCAAAGUCCGGGGUAACCGGAUUUACUACCGGGACCGCCUGUUUUUACCCCCCACCGACGAAGCCAAGAUCCAAGUUAUCUACAGAACGCACUCAUCGGGACCAGGAGGGCAUCCUGGCCGUGUCAAAACACUCGACUUAAUCACGCGGACAUAUUGGUGGCCACGAAUGUCACAAGAUGUCGAGAUCUUCGUAAAAGGAUGCGACCUCUGUGUGCGCACGAAGACAUCCCGUUCUGCCCCGCCUGGAUUCUUACAACCGCUUCCCGUCCCGUUUCGUGCCUGGUCAGAUAUCUCUGUUGAUUAUAUCACGCCCUUGCCUGACUGUAAACGCUUUCAGUCUGUGUAUAAACAUAUCCUGGUAAUUGUGUGUCGUCUGACUAAGAUGCGCCACUUUAUCGCCACGCGAACCCUUAACUCUGAUGAGCUUGCCGACGCGUUUGUGAGUAGAGUCUAUGCGUUACACGGAGCCCCAGACAACAUCGUCUCCGACCGUGGCCCCCAGUUUGUAUCCGAAUUCUGGAGACAGCUAUCCAGACGACUUGGUAUUUCCCUGAAGCAUUCUUCGGCCUACCACCCCGAGACAGACGGUCAGACAGAGCGCAUGAACUCAGGGGUAGAGCAGUACCUCCGCGCGUUUAUGAGCUUCCACCAAAACGACUGGGUGGACUGGCUUCCGCUGGCUGAGUUUGCCGCGAACAAUGCCACAUCAGACACAACUGGCGUCUCGCCGUUCUUCGCAAACUAUGGCUUCCAUCCGCGCCUUGGCAUAGAACCUGCAGAUCCAUGCCCGCCGAACCUCUCCAUGGCACAGAGGAGAGGGUUUUAUAAGGCUAACACUGUGGCCGAGCGAUUCGAACGGAUCCUCGACCAGCUCCGCGCCCUAGCCCAGCAGUCUAUCAACCGAUAUGAACGGAAUGCCAAUGAGUCCCGCACGGAGUCUCCUAUAUACCAUGUCGGUCAGGAGGCAUGGUUGAGUACCAAAUACCUUAAGACCAACCGACCAAUGAAGAAAGGGGAUGAUAAGUGGACGGGACCUUAUGAGAUCCUUAGUGUGUACCCACGCGCAUGUCGCCUCCAACUGCCCGACCGCAUCCGCAUAUUUCCCGUGUUCCACAACUCACUGUUGCGACCAGUCUCUACAGACGAAGACGGGAACCGCAUAGGGCUCCCUGGCCAGAGCGAGAUUAAUGAAAACGAGUCCCGGAACAUCCGCGGCCGCAUCCUCGAGCGGGACGACGAAACGGAAGAGGUGGUAGAGAAAUGGUUAUUUGAUUCGAUCCUUGACUGCCGUAAUAAGGACGGCUUACAGUAUCUCGUCAAGUGGAAAUACCAUGCCCCAAGCUGGCAACCAGCAUCAGAUCUGAAGGGACAGGACGACACACUCCUAGAAUUCCACCGCGAGCAUCCUGACAAGCCCGGCCCUGCUACCUGGGUGAAGAAACCCCCAGCUCAACCAAGACGAAGCCUCCGCCUACGACGAGUACCACUUCCAACGGUGAAAGGAGUAUCCUUCGCAGCGACACAACUGGUGAAGCAGAUCGGGGUCCAUUUUCGGUAG